GUCAAUAUUAUAGACUCGCGUGUGCAUUAUUUGUGUCAAAUUGAGAUCGAUCGAUUGGGUGAGAGUGUUGAUAGUAGUGCAAAUUAAAAUGAGAUUAAUUGCGGUUUUCCUGCUGCUGAUGGUGGCUACCGCUGCCUAUGGAACCAUGUUUGGCGCAGGAGUCAAUUUUAUUAAGGAUUUACACAAGAAACUUCGCCGCAGAUACGAUGAAAGAUUUGAGAAGAGAUUGUCGCCGGUAAUCUUUGUUCCCGGAGACGGAGGCAGCCAGAUCGAUGCAAUAAUCAACAAGAAAGAUUCCAUACAUUUCUUCUGUCAAAAAUCAAGCGACACCUACUUCAAUCUGUGGCUGAACAAGGAACUGCUGGUGCCGUUCGUUAUUGACUGUUGGAUCGAUAACAUUCGGCUGAUAUACAACCGCACAACGAGGAAAACGCAAAAUUCUCCCGGCGUCGAGAUUCGCAUACCCGGAUUCGGCACAUCGGAAACCGUCGAGUGGAUCGACCCAUCCCAUGCCUCUGUGGGAGCAUACUUCGUGAACAUCGGCAAUGCACUCGUACAUAAUGGCUACAAACGGGAUCUUUCGAUACGGGGAGCUCCGUAUGACUUUAGGAAGGCACCAAAUGAGAACAAAGAGUGGUUCAUCAAAAUGAAACACCUCGUCGAAGAGACCUACACGCUGAACGAUAACACCCCAAUCACUUUUAUCGUGCACAGCAUGGGUGCACCGAUGACGUUGCUGUUUCUGCAGAUGCAAAGCCAACAGUGGAAGGAUCAGUACAUUCGACGGGUCAUUUCCGUGGCCGGCGCAUGGGGCGGAAGCGUAAAGGCCUUGAAAUGCUUUGCCAUCGGGGAUGAUCUGGGAGCUUUUGCCCUCAGUGGAAAGGUGAUGCGCUCGGAGCAGAUUACCAACCCGUCACUGGCAUGGCUGAUGCCGAAUCCGCUGCUCUGGAAACCGAACGAAGUGUUGGUUCGUUCGCUGUCCAGGGUCUAUACCAUGGAACAACUGGAAGAUUUCUUCAAAGACCUUGAUUACACGGACGGUUGGGAAAUGAGAAAGGAUACCCUCUCGUAUGUGCUCAAUUUUACAGCCCCUGGAGUGGAACUGCACUGUCUGUAUGGUUCAAGUAUCAACACAGUGGAUAGCCUCAACUACGAGAACUCGUACGACUUUACGGGUAAGCCCACUCUGGUUUAUGGUGAUGGUGAUGGAACGGUUAACAAGCGUUCACUAGAGGCAUGUCGGCACUGGAGUGGACAGCAGAAGCAGCCAAUAUAUCUGCGCGAGUUUCCCGGAGCCGAGCAUAUGGCGAUUUUGGCGGAUUUGAGUGUGUUGGAUAGCAUCGUCAAAGUGCUGAUGUAUGAUGAUUAGGCCAUUUUUUUAAUGAGGGUUUAUGAAUUGUAUGCCAUCAAAUAGGUACCUACAUCAAAUAGAGAGUACGAGACUUGAACCUUCUUAAAUGGUCAAAAAUGGUCAGCUUACUUAAGUGAUUAAUUUGCCAGGCAAUCUUAGUAGGUUGAAAAGAUCGUAUUUGACCGUAGUCCAUGACAUAGAACUAGUUUUGAUUGUUUAUAGAGCAGGUGUGUUGCAUGACUACUGUUAUGUGCAUAACAGAGCUUAUGUUAUAAGUAGAAUUUGUACUGUGUGAUGAAGAUUCCA